UAUCUGGAUAUCCGGGCUGAGAUGAUUUCUCUCUUCGACUUGUUCUAUUUUGCAAAAGACUUUGAAACUUUCUAAAAAACCGCAGUAUGGGCGAGAUUUAACGUGAAUGAGCAAAUGUUUCAAUAUGUUUUAUUCAUAGCAACUCUUCACCGUCCUGAUACCAAAGAAAUUCGUUUACCAAACCUUUUGGAAAUAAUACCAUACUACUUUUUCAACGAUGAUGUCAUGUUCCGUGCACAACGCAUCCAGAUGGGAGAUGUUGGAUUCAUACAAAUUUUUUAAACAGUAGUAGGUAACAAACCAGCGACUACUACAAACUAUGUGUUGCUCGCCAACUACACAGGAUGGCACGUAACGCAUGACCACGAUAUGGAGUGAAAAUUAAACUAUUUCACAGAGGAUAUCAGCAUGAAUACGUUUUACUUUUAUAUUAACGUAAUGUACCCACCAUGGAUGAAAAGCGAAAAAUACAACUUGUUCAAGGAUGUUCGUGGAUAAUCAUACUACUUCUUGCAUAAACAUAUUAUGGCUCGUUACUAUCUGGAACGUUUGUCCAGCGACUUAGAUGAAGUAGAAUAUAUAGAUUGGGACAAACCCAUUGUGGCUGGAUAUUACCCAAGCAUGGUUCAUCCCACAGGACAAUCGUACCAACAACGUCCAUCUUGGUCCAACAUACACAUUCACAAAUACAGUUACGUCGAGGUCAUGACCAUUUGCACCUUUAAACUUUAUAUUCUGACCUGAACACUACUUGAUGGUUUUUAAAAUGUUUAGAGAAUCAACAGCAUUGAAUCCCGAGUGAGCAUGGCAAUUGACAGUGGAAGAGUCGUGAUGCAAGAAAAGAAAUUCGAUCUCUAUGAGAAUGAGAUGCAGGAUAUAAAUACUAUGGGAAACAUGAUCCAAGGAAACAUGGAUUCUCCCUUCCUUAGAUUCUACGAUUCCAUGGGCAGACUUUCUAAGAAUAUUCUGGGGUAUGGACAUGAAAGAUCAUCGAAAUACCAUCCAGAUCUUGGUGCUGUUGAUAUUAGCAUGACUAGCAUGAGAGACCCAGGAUUCUAUAGAAUGUACAAGAAGAUCGUCAGGUUUUUUCUAAAAUACAAGAGCAACCUUCCAAAGUACACACGCGACCAACUAGUCUUCCCUGGUAUCAAAAUUGAGUCCGUGGUUCUGGAUGAACUGGUCACCUAUUUUGAAUAUUUCGAAUCCAUGAUCAGCAAUGACGUCGCUAUGCACAGCCACAAUGAGGCACAAUCCCUCUUCAUCAAGGCGCGUCAACAACGAUUGAACCAUAAACCAUACAGUUAUCACCUAACCGUAAACAGCGACAAGGCCACAAAAGGUUGGGUGCGUUUUUUCCUAGGUCCAAAAUACGACGUUCAUGGACAUGAGAUUGACAUAGUGGACAACUGGAUGAACUUCUUUGAAAUGGACAAAUGGACUGUUGAGGGCCCUCGAAGGAGGACAAAUUUAUAAAUAUUCUUCUCAGAUGUACGGAUAUCCUGAUCGCAUGAUGCUGCCAAAGCGUAAACCCGAAGGAAUGGUUUUCAAACUCU